GGUAAUUUGGGAUUAGUAUAGGAGGGUUUUGCUUGCACCAUCAUGGUCUUUUGGUUUUAGUUAGUUGGGCUGAUUCAUUCAUAUACUAUGAGUGAAGUUGAUGAGUAGGUAGAUGAAGAAACUAGAGAUCAGGUUGAGGGCAAAUUAGGGUUAUCUUUGUCCAAUGGAGAAAGGUGUGACAUACAGAGAGUGCAUGAAGAAUCAUGCUGCAGGUUUAGGAAUGCAUGCUACUGAUGGGUGUGGAGAAUUCAUGGCAAGCACUGAGUCAGCUCUAAAAUGUGCUGCAUGCCACUGUCACCGUAAUUUUCAUAGAAGAGAAGAAGGAGAAGAAGGAAGAGGAGAAGGAGGAGGAUAUUAUCAUUAUAAUCAUCAGCCCUGGAAUUACUACCACCAUGGUCAUAUGGCAUCUUCUCCAGUGAGCUCUGUCAUACCCAUGAACUUCAAGGAAGAGGAGCAGCAAGGCCUUCAUAUAUGUUGUUCCUCAUCUUCUAAGAAGAGGAGAUUUAAGACCAAGUUUUCCCAGGAGCAGAAGGCCAAGAUGCUUCAAUUUGCACAUACUGUGGAAUGGAAAAUGCCCAGUGAGGAUGAUGCAGCUGUGCAAUGUUUAUGUGAAGAGGUGGGUGUGAGUAGGCAGGUGCUUAAGGUCUGGAUGAAUAAUAACAGGCCCAAAUGCCCCAAGUGAUAUCUAGUUAGUUUUACUUCUCUUUUACAUAGACAGAUACAUAUACAUAUAAAAAGUUUUCAGUGUCCAUAUUGUACAAAUCAGAGGCUUUUUGUUUAAGAUGAAAGUAUCAUGUUCAUAUAUAUAUUCAGGGAUUAUGGCUUGUAAUUUGAAAUUAAAGACAUGAGUUAUGAA